UUGCAGCAUUAGCGCACGCAAGCACGAUGUUCAACAAGCUCAAAAGCAAGAUGAGCGGUCCCGGGAAAGGCAACAAGGAUAGCAAGAAAUCUGGUCUGGUCGAUGGCGCAAGCAAUUUGGUCGGAGUGCCGUUCGGAGGUGACGCAACGGGUGCCGGAGUCGCUCCCUCUGUCGCUCAGGCUGUGGCCGUCAAUCAUGCCAAUAAGAAGCGCCUCGAAGGCAACAAGAAGGCCGAAAUCAUCUCUCGAACCAAGUACGGCGGAAAACCUCCGGCUAUGGACUCCGCAGACAAGCCAUCUUUCGGACAGUCCGACCCAACGGCGUGUCCGAAUGCGAAGAGUCAUCCGAAAGGGCAGAAGUGGUGCAGCUAUUGCAAAGCUGUAAACGGGCCGUAGAGACUGCCGAAUCGACAAUUUCAUCUUCAGGGACUCU